AACUCCUCUCUUGACUCUUUCCUGCACUAGAUGCCAUGGCUGCUGCAAAUCCAGCAAAAACGCUCCAGGAUGAACUGACCUGUCCCAUCUGUCUGGACUAUUUUAAAGAUCCGGUGUCUCUAGACUGUGAUCACAAUUUCUGCCAAGCCUGCAUCACCCAGUUCUGGGAGGGAUUGGCUACCGACGUCUCCUGCCCUCAGUGCAGAGUGACUUUCCCCCAGAGGAGCCUCAGGCUGAACAGGCAGCUCAGGAAUGUUGUGGAAGCAGCCAGAGAACUCAGGUUGUCCCCAGGGAGGGAACCAGAACCAGAGAGACUGUGUGAGAAACACAAGAAGCCUCUAAAACUCUUCUGCAAAGAGGACGAAAUCCCCAUCUGCCUGGUGUGUGACAGAUCCAAGGAGCACAGAGAUCACACCGUCAUUCCUGCAGAGGAAGCUGCCGAAGAAUUCAAGAGAAAUAUACAAACCGAGAGGCAGAAGAUUGUGUCUGAAUUUCAGCAACUGCGGCAGUUCCUGGAGGAACAAGAGCGACUCCUGCUGGCCCAGCUGGAGAAGCUGGACAAGGAGAUAGCGAAGAUACAGAAUGAAAAUAUCAGUAAACUAUCUGAGGAAAUUUCCCGUCUCAAUAACAUGAUCAGUGAGAUGGAGGGGAAGUGUGAGAAGCCAGUGACUGAAUUGUUGCAGGAUGUGAAAAGCACCUUCAGCAGGUCUGGGAAGGGGAAGUUCCAGCAGCCAGAGGAGAUUUCUCCUAAGUUAGAAUUAAGACUCAGUGAUUUCUCCCAGAAAACUGUUGCUCUAAUGGAGACUCUCAGGAAGUUCAAAGACACUCUGCCCUCUGCACUGGAGACAAAAGGAGGAGGAUCCCUAGGAACAUUCAGACAGGCGAAUGUGACUCUGGAUCCAGACACGGCUCAUCCCCAACUCACUGAGGAUCGGAAAAGUGUGAGAUGGAGAGACACACGCCAGGAUCUGCCCGACAACCCUGAGAGAUUUGACUAUUGGGCCUGGGUGCUGGGCUGUGAGGGAUUCACCUCGGGGAGAUGUUGCUGGGAAGUGAAGGUGGGGGCUGGGCAAUACUGGGCUGUGGGGGUGGCCAGAGAGUCUGUGAGGAGGAAGGGAGUCAUCAGCGAUAGCCCUGAGGGGGGGAUCUGGGCUGUGGAGUGCUGGGGGGGUCUGUUCCAGGCUCUCACCUCCCCUGUGACCCCCCUGCCCCUGAGCCGGGUCCCCAGCAGGAUCCGGGUUUGUCUGGACUGUGACCGGGGGCAGGUGACAUUUAUCGAUGCUGGUGACGAGGCCCCGAUCUUCACCUUCCCGCCGGGCUCCGUCCCUGGGGAGAGAAUCCGACCCUGGUUCUGGGCGGGGCCAGGAUCCCGGAUCCAACUGUGUCAAGAAAGUGAAACUAAACUCCUCUCUUGUCUCUUUCCUGCACUAGACGCCAUGGCUGCUGCGAAUCCAGCAAAAACUCUCCAGGAUGAAGUGACCUGUCCCAUCUGUCUGGAGUAUUUUAAAGAUCCGGUGUCUCUAGACUGUGAUCACAAUUUCUGCAGAGCCUGCAUCACCCAGUUCUGGGAGGGAUUCACUACUGAGAUCUCCUGCCCUCAGUGCAGAGAGAUAUUUCCUCAGAGGAACCUCAGGCUGAACAGGCAACUCAGGAAUGUUGUGGAAGCAGUCAGAGAACUCAGGUUGUGCUCAGGAAGGGAACCAGAAACAGAGGGUCUGUGUGAGAAACACAAGGAGCCUCUAAAACUGUUCUGCAAAGAGGACGAAAUCCUCAUCUGCCUGGUGUGUGACAGAUCCAAGGAGCACAGAGAUCACACCGUCAUUCCUGCAGAGGAAGCUGCCGAAGAAUUCAAGGAGAUGAUUCAAGCCCAUUUGAAGAUGCUGAUGGAAGAGAGAGAAAAGCUCCUGGGAUUUAAAGUGAGCAGAGAGAAGAGAAGCCAGGAAUAUCUGAAACAAACACAAACCGAGAGGCAGAAGAUUGUGUCUGAAUUUCAGCAACUAUGGCAGUUCCUGGAGGAACAAGAGCGACUCCUGCUGGCCCAGCUGGAGAAGCUGGACAAGGAGAUAGUGAAGAUACAGAAUGAAAAUGUCAGUAAAGUAUCUGAGGAAAUUUCCCGUCUCAAUAACCUGAUCAGUGAGAUGGAGGGGAAGUGUCAGAAGCCAGAGACUGAAUUGUUGCAGGAUGUCAGAAGCACCUUGAGCAGGUGUGAGAAGGGGAAGUUCCAGCAGCCAGAGGAGAUUUCUCCUGAACUGGAAGAGCGAGUCAGUGAUUUCUCCCAGAAAACGAUUGUGCUAUUGGAGAUUCUGGGGAAGUUCAAAGACACUCUGCCGCCUGCAUCAGAGACAAAAAGAGGAGGAUCCCUAGGAACAUUCAGACAGGUGAACGUGACUCUGGAUCCAGACACGGCUUAUCCUGAACUCAUCCUGUCUGAGGAUCGGAAACGUGUGAGAUGCGGAGACACAUGGCAGGAUCUGCCCGACAACCCUGAGAGAUUUGAUUCUAGAGCCUGUGUACUGGGCUGUGAGGGAUUCACCUCUGGGAGACAUUAUUGGGAGGUAGAGGUGGGGGAUGGGAAAUACUGGGCUGUGGGGGUGGCCAGAGAGUCUAUGAGAAGAAAGGGAGAGAUCAGGUGUUGCCCUGAGGAUGGGAUUUGGGCUGUGGAGCGACAGGACAAUCAGUGCCAGGUUCUCACCACCCCUGAACCCACCCUGUUGAGCCGGGUCCCCAGCAGGAUCCGGGUUUGUCUGGACUGUGAGUGGGGCCAGGUGACAUUUAUCGAUGCUGGUCAUGAGGCCCCGAUCUUCACUUUCCCACCAGGCUCAUUCAAGGAGGAGAGAAUCCGACCCUUGUUCUGGGUGUGGGGCAGACACACCCAGCUCAGUCUGUGUCCCUGUGACAUGAGGGGGGCGGAAGGAAGAGACUAUCCCACUGGGGAACCGGAAAUCAGGCUCUCUAGCCUUACUGACCCCAGUUUCUGACUGUAGACUCCCAUCUACCCAGCUCCUGGCUCCUCAUCUCUUUGCCCCAUGGGGGGGGCAGCACUAACAGCUGGGCUGGAGACAGGCAGAGGUAGGGGUGGCAGGUGUCAUAAUAUAGUGCCCCCCACAGGGUCCUCUGGAGAGGCAGAUUAGCAUUGUAUAUUGCUAAUGCUUUUACAUGCAUUGAAAGAUAUUUAGGGAAGGAUUGAAGGUGUGAGUGUGCAGUGAAAGGUUCCUUUGCGGUUGCAAGAGGCUGAAGAGAGAAGAAGGGAGAAGGGAAUGCGUUAACUCAACGCUCCAGCUAGGUCUGAAGAUAAGAAGCUGGCUUCAGCCCUAGGCCAAGGCACCCAAACAGACUGCUGCCAAAAAGCUGGAAGCCUGUAUCUCAAUCCUGGCCAGCCAUGAGAAAAGUGAAUUGAGCUGAACAGAACUGCAGGGGUUGCAAAAACUAGUGAGAUUUUGAAGAUCAGCAAGCUGGAAAACAACAGUCUCGCAUCCCUGAAGCUGGUGUGUUUUGGGGAAACUAAGGGAGCCGCAGAAGGCUGGUUUGGAUUAGUACAGAGAGCACGGAGUAUGGGGGUCCUUGGAUGAAACACUCUACAGAAGAACCCAGGGCUUAAAAACAUCCCAAGAGCUGAAGUAAGUAGGAGAUCGACAGCAGACCCUAGAUGGCCUGUGCACAGAACAGAACUCUCAUCCACCCUUCCCCCCUCUUAUGUUACACCCAGACUUGGCCAGCCUUGAGUUGUGCAUAUGUGAGUAUGAAAGUGGGUUAGGGCUCAGGCAUUAAUGCUUUCUUCAUUCCCUGAGUGCUGGGUAUGCCCCACAUCACUCACCUCUGUUGUUUGGUUAAUAAAACUU